UGCCUUAUAUUUUUUAAAAAAUUUGUAUAUAAUGGCGUUAUAUACUUUAUUUCCAACUAUAUAUUUGUCAAAAAUAAAAAUCAUGGCAUUUGAUUUAUUUUUAAUUCAAAACAAGGCAAUAUAAUUUUAGAAAAACCAUAAAGAGAUGUAUUGAUUAUUAUCAUGCUAAAAGGUUCCCUUCCAUAUCUCAAGAUUAUGUGGGAUUUAAGGAUUAAAAUUUUAGUUGUACAGAUCCUUUAUGAGCUUUAUCCCAGCAAUUUUGUUACUUUCACCCUUUCUUUUUUUGCAGUUAUCUAACAGGGGCUUCGGAUUCAAUCGAUGUUCCUAGUUCAUUCCAAUGGUUCAAUAUGCCACAUACAAUAAAGGAAGAAUAGAUAGUAUCAGCUCCUGCUUGAUACACAAAUACAUGUAGUAUUAUUCAUGACUUUCUUUGCAAGUUACUGAGACUACUCAAACUCACCUGAACAUGUAACAUAUAUUUUUCUUUUUCUAUGGACAUUAAUAUACUAUCAAACAAACAACUCAGCACAUAAACAAAUAUCACACCACUGCAUGUUUCUAUGCUUAUUUUAGUACAAAAUAGUAAUAAUAAUAUUAGACUUUUGACUGAAUGUUAAAUAACUUACAUCAGUGAUGCGCGCUUCAUUUUUUUUUUUUAUCAACAUAUUUAUAAAACAAAUAAAUUAAAGUAAUUUAAUUACCCAGAUGAUUUUGAAUAUAGAUGUGGUUCCUGCCUAUUCAAUACAAUGGCUUCUCAGUGUCAAUUGGAUUCAUUAUUGCAGAAAUGCACCUCUCUGAUUCGCAUGAAGCAGCUUCAAGCCCAUCUCAUAACCACCGGUAAAUUCCAAUUCCACCCUUCCCGCACCAAGUUCCUCGAGCUCUGCGCCAUCUCCCCCGCCGGCGACCUCUCCUUCGCCGCCCAAAUUUUCCGGCUAAUCGAAACUCCCUCCACCAACGACUGGAACGCCGUUCUCCGAGGCCUGUCCCAAAGCCCAGAACCCACGCAGGCCCUGUCAUGGUACCGCGCCAUGUCACGCGGUCCCCAAAAGGUGGACGCUUUGACAUGCUCCUUCGCCCUCAAGGGCUGCGCGCGCGCAUUGGCUUUCUCCGAAGCCACCCAGAUACAUUCUCAGCUUCUUCGUUUUGGGUUCGAAGUUGAUAUCUUGUUGCUGACCACUUUGCUGGACGUGUACGCCAAAACCGGUGAUCUUGACGCUGCACAGAAGGUGUUUGAUAAUAUGUGCAAGCGAGACAUUGCUUCGUGGAAUGCCAUGAUUUCUGGGUUGGCUCAAGGAAGCCGCCCCAAUGAGGCUAUAGCUUUGUUCAACAGAAUGAAGGAUGAGGGAUGGAGGCCUAAUGAAGUAACUGUUCUUGGUGCACUCUCUGCUUGUUCGCAAUUGGGUGCUUUGAAACACGGCCAGAUUAUUCAUGCCUAUGUUGUGGACGAGAAGCUAGACACCAAUGUGAUUGUUUGUAAUGCGGUUAUUGAUAUGUAUGCGAAAUGCGGGUUUGUUGAUAAAGCUUAUUCGGUGUUUGUUAGCAUGAGCUGCAACAAGAGUCUUAUCACGUGGAAUACUAUGAUCAUGGCGUUUGCAAUGAAUGGUGAUGGGUGUAAGGCACUCAAGUUUUUAGAUCAGAUGGCUUUAGAUGGAGUGAAUCCGGAUGCAGUGUCGUAUCUUGCUGCAUUGUGUGCGUGCAACCACGCUGGCUUGGUGGAAGAUGGGGUUAGGUUGUUUGAUAUGAUGAAGGAGUGUGGGGUGAAACCUAAUGUUAAGCAUUAUGGGAGUGUGGUUGAUUUGUUGGGUCGAGCAGGAAGGAUAAGAGAAGCAUGCGAUAUUAUAAACUCAAUGCCUAUGGUGCCUGAUGUGGUGCUCUGGCAGAGUUUGCUUGGGGCUUGUAAGACUCAUGGGAAUGUGGAAAUGGCUGAGAAGGCAUCAAGGAAGCUGGUGGAGAUGGGAUCUAACAGUUGUGGGGAUUUUGUCUUGUUAUCGAAUGUUUAUGCAGCACAACAGAGAUGGCAUGAUGUGGGGAGAGUGAGGGAGGCCAUGAGAAUUAGGGAUGUGAGGAAGGUGCCGGGAUUUAGUUAUACAACAGAGAUUGAUGGUAAGAUACACAAGUUUGUGAAUGGUGAUCAGAGUCAUCCGAAUUCCAAAGAGAUUUAUGCAAAACUGGAUGAGAUCAAGUUCAGGGCAAGAGCCUAUGGAUAUGCAGCAGAGACUAAUCUUGUGUUGCAUGAUAUAGGAGAGGAGGACAAGGAAAAUGUGCUUAAUUAUCACAGUGAGAAGUUGGCCGUAGCAUAUGGUUUAAUUAGUACAAGUGAUGGGACACCAAUUCAAGUUAUAAAAAACCUUAGAAUAUGUGUGGAUUGUCAUGCUGUGAUAAAAAUUAUAUCAAAUAUUUAUAAUAGGGAGAUUAUUGUGCGGGAUCGAGCGCGAUUUCACAGAUUUAAAGAGGGUGUGUGUUCUUGCAGAGAUUAUUGGUAAAAUUAUAUGCAGAUGCUUAUUGUAUUA